UUCCAGCCGGCCAUAUUGGAGGUUGGGAAAUAAAACAGCUCUAGAAUUAUGUGGGUCUUGGAAAUAACCCAGUGCACUUGAAAAAAACAAAGCCAAACAACAGCAACAAAAACCAGCCACAACAAACACCACAAUCUUCGCCCUACACAAAGGUCCUUGAAAAUGAGCAAGGAGCCUUGGGUUCUCCGGCCCACCUUGUGCCUCACUGGGCUCAGCCUGCUUGUCUCUCUGGCGCCCUGUGGGCUGGGCAUGGAGAUCACGGCACAAUCUACCAUCAGUGCUUUGAAUGGCUCUUCCGUGCGCCUCUCCUGCACCUUCAACUCCUGCUACAAAGUGGAGAACAAACAGUUCUCCCUCAACUGGACUUACCAGGAAUGUGAGAACUGCAGCGAGGAGCUGUUCCUGCAGUUCCGGAUGAAGAUCGUGCACUGGCGGCUGGAUCGCUUCGGGAACAGGGUGGAAUUCACCGGAAACCCCAGCAAGAACGACGUUUCUUUCACCCUCCACCAGGUGCAGCUGGAAGACGAGGGCACCUACAACUGCUACGUGAUGAACCCCCCCGACAGGCACCGGGGCCAUGCCCGCAUCUUCCUGAAGGUGAUCACUGAAGUGCCCCCGGAGCGCGACUCCACGGUGGCUGUUAUCGUGGGGGCCUCAGUGGGGGGCUUCCUGGCCGUGGUGAUCCUGGUGCUGGUAAUCGUCAAGUGCGUGCGGAGGAAAAAGCAGCAGAAACUGAACACAGACGACCAGAAAACGGAGGAGGAAGGGAAGACAGAUGGCGAAGGGAACCCCGAGGAGGGCACCAAGUAACGGCCCCCUCUCCUUCCCCUGUACAGUGUGACCCCUUGUGUGCUUCUCCAGAGAAUGGAUUUCAGACUCCCCAGAAUUG